AUGGCUAAUAGUAAUUACCGGUGCUACUACGAGAGAUCAUCAGAGGAGACGAAUCUACCCCCCGGCUUCCGCUUCCACCCCACCGACGACGAACUCAUCACCUUCUACCUCCUGAAGAAGGUCCUCGACUCCUCCUUCACCACCCGCGCCAUCGCCGACGCCGAUCUCAACAAAUCCGAGCCCUGGCACCUCCCCGGGAAAGCGAAAAUGGGGGAGAAGGAGUGGUACUUUUUCAGCCUCCGCGACCGGAAAUACCCGACCGGGUUACGCACGAACCGGGCCACGGAGGCGGGUUACUGGAAGGCGACGGGCAAGGACCGCGAGAUUUACAGCCCUAAAACAUGCGCCCUUGUUGGGAUGAAGAAAACCCUAGUUUUCUACCGCGGCAGAGCCCCAAAGGGCCUCAAAACCAACUGGGUUAUGCAUGAGUUCCGCCUCGAAGGCAAGCUCGCCUAUCACUACUUCUCCCGAAACUCCGAGGAUGAGUGGGUGAUCUCCCGAGUUUUUGAAAAGACCGGGGCGAAGAAGAGGGCUUCGGAGGAAGUGAGCUCGCACGUGUCCUGUUUCUCCAUGGCUGCACCGGAGCUCCCGAUGCAUAAUUAUCCGCAAUUUGGCAAGCACAAUGUGAGCUUUCCUACUCUCAAGUCGCUCCAGGAGAAUCUGCAUCUGCCUUUGGUUUAUCCAACUCCGACUCCGUCUCUGCCGCACAUGAGCGGUGAUCAUGUUUUCGGGGAAGGGCAGUGGGCGGCGGUGGAGGAGCAUAAGGUUUGCGGCACCGAGCUGGAUUGCAUGUGGAAUUAGUUCUAAUCACAAAGACUAUGAGUAUCUAUCUAAUCUAGGCUUUUGCUUUCUUCUUCUUCUUGUUUGCUACUUCUCU